AUGGAUCCCUCGACAGCCUCGUCCCCUAACGCCCCUCCGCCCCAGCCCUCGCCCUUCUUCCGACUUCCACGCGAACUCCGAGAUUGGGUCUACGCAUAUGUCUUCACCGAUGCGGCCGGGCUGCGAUAUGAAUACGGCACGGCGCGGCUGUUGGGCAGCAGGCCACACUUCUGGGCUCUGCGCUUCACGUGUCGGCAGAGCCGGCAGGAAACAGUCGACUUCGCCUUUCAGCUCAAUCACAUAGUCUUCGACAACCUGGGCGGCCGGCGCAUUGACCGGCCCAACUACCGCAAGUACCUUAACCGGUGGGACACGGAGUACAGCGAGGAAGACCCAAGCGAUCCCGCGCGCGACGCCAUCGCCAAGCCCGUUGUCGACCGUGUGCAGAGCUUCCUGUCGCGCGUGCCCAGCGCACCCCAGCGCCGCCUGUUGGCCAACUUCACCGUCGUCGAGCUGCGCCCACUGGAGCACAUCUCGGCCCUGUUCGACGCCUUCGACGCCCACGGCCUGCCCGACGUGACCCUGACAGUCGUCCUCGUACCCAGCGUCGUCGGCACUUACCAGUUCGACGACAAGUUCCUGCGCGCCCUCGAGCGCCUGUUUGUCAAGCGCUGGUUCCGCUCAAGCAGACACACCGUCCGUCUGCGCCUCGAGGGCUUCGAGGGCCUGGAGGACUGGAUCCGCACCGAGUUCCCGACCGCAAGCAACGCCCCGGUCCAGCAGGCGUUGCUACGCCAGCUAAGAGACCUGCAGAGGUUGGCUGGCGCACUAAACUCUUUGAAGAAAGACGGCGACGGAGUGACGCUGCAGCAUUUGUCGACAAGUUUCCUGCUACUUAAUUAG